AAAUGUCAAAUUUGGUAGAAUUUGUUCACUUGUCAUUUGCAGAAAAAAUAAAACGAUUCAGUGUUAAAUUCUAAGCCAAGAAUCAUAAAAUGUCUAUGUAAAAUCACCACAAUGGCACAAAAUUUACAGAAGAAGCCCUCUAAAGGCAUACUGAAAACGUCGCGAAGUGUCGACGGGCAGGAUACAGCGGCAACAGGAACGCCAUCCACAAGCAAGCGAUCGAAAGAGCAAAGGUUUGACGAGAUGAAUAUUAUGGAGACUUUUCAUCCGGCGAAUAAAGAUUAUGGACACAUGAAGGUGGACGAGCCCAAGACGCCUUAUUCGGAAUCCGUGGACGGUGAUUUGGAGCCAACUGACGAACUAGACGCAAACAUAUUGGCAGCCAAGUUAGCGGCCAGCAUGAAUAAGCCGCCAAAGUGUGUGGAAGCGGAGGCGUGUGCGAGUGAUGAAGACAUGGAAGAACCUGAGGAAGAGCGCCGGAAGCGAAUCGAGUUCGAGAAGAAACGGAAAAUGCAUUACAAUGAGUUCCAGGCACUACAACUAGCGAGGCAGCUGAUGGCUCAGGAGGAAGAGGAGGAGGAGGAGAACGAUCAGAAAACCUGACUGCAGCACAUGCCAGCACUUGUACAUAACAUGCACCAAGGCUUCGAGCGAGCAUCGCCAACUGCGUACACCAUGAAGUACCAACUCGACUUCCCAGGACACAUUAUCGACCCCGCACGUCAUACCUGCUCACUGGUUUGUGCCUUCACAUAAAUUACACCUUCACCAGCGACCGUGCGGGGUGGCCUGGCCACUCGAUAAUGUGACCCUUCAUUUUCGCGUCUUAUAAAAGUAUUAAAUAACUUUGUUCAGGGUUUCGAUAAAGUGUCGUAGUCUUACAAUAUUUUGCCUUUAGAAUGUGAUUGGUAUGUGCUAGCAAUCCUUUAAGUGUAUAUCUGGAUGUUGUAAUAAAAUGCACGGAUCUGAUAACCUAUUUAAUAGGGUGUUUGCCUUGUUAUGUAAAUUGUAUUAUAUUUUUGUUUCUUGCACACAUCGAAAAAUGUUUCUUCCGUGAUCAUAUGAAACAAUUUUGAUCACUUUUUUGGGCUACCCACAUGAUUAAGUAAUUCUGUUUUAAAUAUAGUUUGUGUCAAAAACCAAUGAUAAAAAGCAGAGUAUAAUAUACUAUGUAUUAGAAUUUAUCAGGCUUAACAUAAUUUUUAUUUAAAUGAAAGUAAUCAUAUCUGUUGUAAAUUGUAAUGUUUUGUAACAUCGUAUAUUAUGGCAUUACAAGGUACCUUUUGUAUUUUAAGGGCACUUAUACAAAACUGGAUGUAUGCCUGUUGAAUUAUGAGUUGCCAAAUUUAUUUAGUGGGUCGUUUAUAACAUUAUCAUACCAGAUGAAACUUUUAAAUAGGCUUCCAAAGUAGUUGUUUAGGAAUUGCUAUAAAAUUUUUCCCAAAGCUGUUUUAGGUGGGUACUUAAAUGUCAGACAAAACACUGCUGAUAUAAGCUCAAAGCAUACCAUUAUUUCUAAUGUUCUUAAAUCAGUAAUCCGUGCGCAUUGAACAUUGCCUAAAGGUAUGGUUGGUACUCUCUAAAAAAGACAACAACUCUUCAAUAUUAUGUCUUUAGGGCUCGAAUCAUCGUAAACCUAAAUUAGUAGGUAUUUAUUUCAUUGAUUGAAAAUGUAAGUUUUGCUUCAGAGGUUUCGGUUUCAAAACUCAUAAAGUUUGUUGAGCUUAUUAUCUCUUAAGCAUCGCAAAUCAUGUCAAACUUUUGUAGAGCAGUACCUUUACACCUAAAUAUACUUUUAUUUUAAUUUGCAUUUAAACUGUUCUUUGGUUAUAAACAAACACAAAAUGGUUGUGUUCAAAUUACUCACGUUACUCACAUAAUUUGGUUGCAAUAUAUAUUUUCAUAAAAGAGUAAAUAUUAAUACGUAAUAAGUAAUAUAAAUUAUUGUAGUUUAAAUACAUAAAUUAUAAAACAGCACAAUGUGUUCUAAAAAUACGCCAUGGGGUAUGGUAUGUUCCUUUAUACGCAGGUAUAAAUUUGGGCGUGCUAACUCAGAUCAAGGUUGUUACCAAAGCGAAUUAUUAACGAUUUAAUAAACAUGUUUCAUGCGGCGCUGUCUGCUAACCAAAUUGUUUUUAAGCACGACUUUACGACGACUUUAGUAUUUUUAUGAAAAUCGUUACGAUAAAAAUGCCAUAUUGCUUAACAAACUGCUGUUAUAAUGCAAAGUAAACUUGUGCUUAAUGGUUGAUACCGAUUUCAAGAAGUAAGUUGACUCAAAAUAGUAAAACAGCAUCUUGAAUCCGUAAAUAAAAACAUUUAAAAUGCAUAAAACGUUAAUAAUGUGAGCUUGAAGCCAACUAGCAUUAUAUUUACCAAUUGAUGCUCGAGUUUGAAAGGUCUUCGCUGCAGACUAUGUAAAAUUUAAUUUUCUAGAAUAUACGACAGUGUUAUAAGUUUUGGUUUAUAUCAUAGGAACUAUUUUAGUGUUUCGCAUAUCCCCAUAUUAAGUUAAAUUCGCUUCCAUUAAUAAUAAUAUUCCAACUUUAGACUUGAAAAUAAAUCAAUACAUGUUCAACUGACUUUCUUAAUAACUUAAAGUCAUGUUUACUAUUAUUUUAACGCAUGUUAUAAAGUUUUUUUUCAUGAAUUGAUCAAUUUCUCAAAAUGAUUUUGUUAUUAUGUAAAUUAUGUCAAACAAAUUGAUUUAUAUUUCCAAGUCUCGUUGUAUGGCAUGACCACUUAGUUAUAAUAGAAAUAUUGUCUUCGUUCACUACAACAAGACUAAUAAUUAAGUAUUUAAAGUCAUUUACAGAGUAUAUGAGAUAGAGAGUAUAUAUUUAUAUUGAGAAUAUAUCUUUACAUCAUAUUUUAGAAAACAAAGUAACACAAGUUACUGUCGUUUUGUACAAUAAGGCAGAUUCGAAAUACAGUUACAUUUUGAUGUAUUUUUUUUUAUUAUGUACUUAUCGUUAUAGAGCUAUGUGCCAAGAAAUUAUAUUUUGCGCGUCAAUUUUAUAAAUGUAUGAAUCUAAUUGUCUCGAAAAUGAGAAAUAUGUAAAAUUGAAUUAUUGUUGAUUUGAUAUCUUGUACAAUUUUUGUUAGUCUUCGAAGACAUGUUGAGAUUCAGUGAGCUACGUAUUACCAUUAUAGCGUCAUAUUAUACUUAUAGCAUUUUCAAACGUUUUUUCAAAUUCUGAAUACACGCCGCAAUUACUAAACACUACUAACAUAAAUCAAGCGAUAUGUCUAAAUUAUUUAUUUAUUGAAAUGUGACUAGUCUGUUAAACUGCUGUCUCUAUGACGUAAUAUUAGUUGUGAGUACCUAAGUCUGGACAUAAUUAUGUUUAUCACAUUUACUGUCGCUAUAUUUAGAUAGACAUAAAAACGAAAUAAUUAAUUAGAUGUAUGGUAAUAAGAAUUGAGUGAGAAGUUGGUAUAGACUUGUGUCGGCGUCAGGUGUGGACUAUGUAUUUUACUUAUAGGACCUUAUAUAAAUAUUAAGUCAGAAAUCAAAAUAAAUGUAAUUUAAUGAAUUACAAAUACAUACAAUUCAGCAAUAUAGAUAGUAUUUUAUUUAAAACAAAGGUGCACAAAAACUAUGUUAUAGUACAGCCUAAGUCAGCCCAAGUCUGGACCUACUGCGUUAUUUCAAAGACUUAUGACUUAUUACUUAUGUUACAAAAUAAAAUGUAAUAAAAAUAGACGCUUUGUUAAAUUAUAGAUUACAGGGCUUGUAGAAAAUUAGUACAGUCAUAAGAUAUAUUUUUGAAGUAGAAAAAUAGUGGGUGAUAAGUGUUGCCAGUUUCAUGAAUGUCAAUGAAAAUAACAAUUCUCUCAGUAGCUCGUUUUUCACAUCAUUUUUAAAACGUCUAGACAUUCUAGUUAAAUGAUCCUUUAUUGUUAUCACGGCUUCAUGUUUGUAAUCGUGCAUUUUAUAUUUACCCCUAUUUUGUGUCGUGUCUAAAUUCGAUUUAUCCUUUCUUGCUCGUUAGAUAGUACCAUCAAACAUAGCCCAAUCAAUAAAUCGCUUUGUGACAUGUUUUUCGCGUGUGUACGUCUAUUAAUUAUACUUUAUUACGUAAAACAAUAAUAUACAAAGCAAUAUGAAAUAUUGUGUUAUUCGUUCACGCAUACCGUACAUUGGCCUUAUUCGAAAUUAAGUUGUUGCAUUUUGUAAUGAUAGGGAUGUACAGAAGCGGCUUUUCCUAAUGUAUGUGUAAAUAGUGAAUAAAAUAAUAAUAAUU